CCGGGCGUGAUGACGCGCGGCGGAUCCGCGCUCUGAUUGGGCGGCGGGAGCCCGGGGGGCGGCGCUUCCGGCGGCGGGACGGCGGUGACGGUCAGUGAAGGCGGAGCCAUGGCGGGACGCAGAGCUGCCCUUAAGGCCGUGGACUGGGCGGCCUUCGCCGAGCGGGUGCCUCCGAACCAGCGAGCCAUGUUCAACGCGCUGAAGACCCGCAACGAUGCACUGACAGCCCGGUUGGCUGCCCUGCCAGAGAAGCCCCCGGCCAUCGACUGGGCUUUCUACAAAGCUAAUGUUGCCAAGGCUGGAAUGGUGGAUGAGUUCCAGAAGAAGUUCAGUGCACUAAAGGUUCCUGAGCCUGUGGAUACACAAACUGCCAAGAUUGAUGCCCAGGAGAAGGAAACUGCCAAGAGCACUGCUGAGUACAUCCAGGCUUCCAAAGCCCGCAUUGCCCAGUACGAGGAGGAGCUCCAGAAGCUCAAGAGCAUGAUUCCCUUUGAACAGAUGACGUUUGAAGACUUGAGUGACGCCUUCCCUGAAACCAAACUGAACAGGGAGAAAUAUCCAUACUGGCCCCACAAGUCAAUUGCUGAUCUGUAAACUGGUCAGGGAGCAGUUUAAUGACUGUCAGACUUCAUGAUCUUCUAAAUAAAGAGCUUUCUCUGUCUGUGGCUUAGAUUUUAGACAUGAGUUCUGAGUAAUGUGAAGCAAUACAGUAACUCACAAACAUUCCA